AUGGGCACAGCAAUGUCCAUGGAGUUUGAUGUCGAUAUGGAAGAAGUACUUGAUCAAUACGAGAAGGGGAUCCUGACGGAACUGUCCAAGCUCUCUGCAGCCGUUGAAGAUUUAGACUAUUCAAGUUUCGACUCUGAUUCUGACACACUUCCUGAAUGCGUCUGCUGCCAAGAAAACUUUCCAGCAGGAAAGAUGGUUCAAGCCCAAUGCUCUCACUUUUACUGCAGCGAAUGCUUGACCGACUUAUUUCAAAAGUCUCUACAUGACGACUCUUUAUGCCCUCUUCAAUGCUGUGCCAAGCAGAUCAAAGUCGCCGAUGCCAAGAAGUUGAUAGGUCGUACACUGAUUGCAAAGUAUGAAUAUCGCUUGGCCGAGAUUCUAGAUCCGGACAAGACCUACUGCUCGGAUCUGAUCUGUUCACAGUACAUCCCACGAAAGAAAUCAGGGCCACAUCGCGUUGUGUGCAAAUGCAAGUGUGGGGUUGAAACAUGCCGAAGGUGCAAGCAGAAGGCCCAUGGAGACUGGGACGACUGCGCGCGCCAUUUUGAUCGCCUAUUGGAGGAUCUUGCAACGAGCGAAGGAUGGAAAAGAUGUCCAGAAUGCUCGCGUUUGAUUGAGCUUGAAAAGGGGUGUUUUCAUAUAAUAUGCGUGUGUGGAUCGGCAUGGUGCUAUCUCUGCACAAAGAACUACAACAAGCAGGGCAAGAGUUGUCAAUGCCCGUUGUGGGAUGAGGCACUUAUUUUGAAUUAUGGGGAAGUCGUAUAA